AUGGUUACCCCAGUGAAAGUGGACGACUUCCGACGUAAGUGGGACGUCGCCGAAUAUGAGCGGCUUGCGCAGGAACGCAUCGAAGAAGAGCGGGCGAAACUUAAGGAAAAGGAGGACAAAAAGCCUCGCGAAAAAGUGAAACGGGAAUUUCUGAAACCUCGUGAUUAUAAGAUCGACCUCGAAUCAAAGGUUGGCAAAUCGGUGGUCAUCACGAAGACCACGCCAGCCAGCGAAGCGGGUGGGUACUAUUGCAACGUUUGUGACUGCGUGGUCAAAGACUCGAUAAACUUUUUGGACCAUAUCAAUGGGAAGAAACAUCAGCGUAAUCUGGGCAUGUCGAUGAGGGUAAAGAAAAGCACUCUGGAAGAUGUGAAGGCCAGAUUUGCAUUGAAAAGGCAGGAAGCAGAGGAGAAGAAGAAAACCUAUGAUAUUGAAGAACGAAUGAAGGAAAUAAUAGAAGAGGAACAAAGAUUGGCUGAAUACCGUAAGCAGAAAAAGCAGGAGCACAAGAAGAGAAAACAGGAUGAAACCGAACAAGCGGAUCCCGAAAUUGCUGCAGUCAUGGGCUUUUCCGGUUUCAGCACAUCUAAAAAAUAA